CCGGAAGUAGUUUACUCUUCCUUCACGUACAGGCUGGAGCUAAACAUGUAGUCCACGUGUCUAAAGUUUGACAUAAUCUGUUUUUCUGGCGGAUUAAUUUAUAUUUUUUAACAGCUGACAACUUGGAGGAUGGAGUAAACAAAUGGCCGACAUCAUAAACCCGGAGAAUGAAGAAGAUCUUCAGGCUCAGAUCGAAGAGGUCGAGGCUUUGUCUUCCAUCUAUGGGGAUGAGUGGUGUGUUAUCGAUGAAGCAUCCAGAAUAUUUUGCAUCAAAAUAUCCAACGACUCAGAGGAGUCAAAGCUGACAGCAUGUUUGCAGAUAAUUCUCCCACUUGAUUAUCCAAGCGCGUCCCCCCCCAUCUACCAGAUCAAUGCAGCGUGGUUGCGAGGCUCCGAGAGGGCCAGAUUGGCAAACAGCCUGGAAGACCUCUAUGUGGAGCACGCGGGGGAGAGCAUCCUCUACAUGUGGGUGGAAAAAAUCCGAGAAUUCCUCGUGGAGAAAUCCCAGAGCUCAGAAACAGUGGAUCUACCUGGAAAGGUGAACAUGACGACUGAGGAGGAAGAGGACGAUGAUGAUGAAAACAUACCAGACUUCAGCACUUUCAGACUGAGCACAGAGAAUGCUCAUCUCUUCAUGGAGCAUGGAAACGAUGAAGAAAUACCUCCUAUAAAACACGGAAACACCAUCACCGACAGACGGAGUACCUUCCAGCCUCACUUAGCACCUGUGGUGACUCCCAGACAGGUGAAAAUGGUUCUGGAGAAACUUUAUGAAAACAAGAAGAUUGCUAGUGCCACUCAUAAUAUUUAUGCAUACAGGAUUUACUGCGAGGACAAGAACAGCUUCCUGCAGGACUGCGAAGACGACGGCGAGACAGCCGCGGGGGGGAGAUUGCUCCAUUUACUGCAGAUCCUGGACGUGCGCAAUGUCAUGGUGGUCGUGUCUCGAUGGUACGGAGGUAUUUUGUUGGGUCCUGACCGCUUCAAACACAUCAACAACUGUGCUAGAAACAUCCUGGUAGAGGAAGGAUACACUGCCUCCACGGAUGAGGCCAGCAAAUCAGGAGCGAAGACCAAAAGGCCGAAAAGCAAGAAAACGAAAUGAAUUCAAAAAGACAUUUACUCAACACGUCUCCAGAGUGCUGAGAGGAAAGGAUGAUUUUAGACGAUCGAGUGUCUUAAGAGAGAAAAACGUUGAUUUGUUGUAAUUAUAAUAACUCAAAAUAAUCAUCACGUUAAAAGGACUUUGUUAUUUUACGGAGGGCUUGUUUGAGCUUCUCGAGCUGAUAUCGCAUCAGAUUGCCUUGAAAUUAAAUGUUUACACACGUUUUCAAUAAAACAAUCCAACCCUGA